GCCUGCACUUCGGCAGCGCUUUGUGAGUGAGGACAGCCUUCUCUAGUGCUUGCUCUCUUGGAACGGACUGCCUUUUGAGGGAGAGGAACCUCAUAGCAUAUUUUCAGAUCUGCCUUUGUUACGUUCCUCUUCUCCAGGGAGUGCAUCCACAAGAUAAGGAAAUGGCCACAGGACCUCUGGGAGCCAGGGAUGAGGCAUUUGUGGCAUUCGGGGAUGUGGCUGUGGAUUUCACCCAAUGUGAGUGGCAGCUGUUGAGCCCUGCCCAGAGAAGCCUGUACAAGGAUGUGAUGCUGGAAAACUAUAUCAACCUGACCUCACUAGGAAUUCCUUUUUCUAAACCAAAGCUCAUCACUCAUCUGGAGCAGGGGGUGGAACCCUGGCGAGAGGACAGACUAUGUCUACCAGCCCUUUGUCCAGAACCAAAGCCUGAAACCCACCCGUGUGCUGACUGCCCUCUGCCCUGCUCCACUCAACCGCGCCUCAGCCAUCAGCUUGUGACUGCUUCCUUAGGUGCGGAAAACCACCCCCCUGCAAGGAAGCUCUGUCAAGAGGAGCAGGGCCAGCAACAGCCUUCUGACCAAAGCUGCUGGAACAACAAAGCCAAAGGGCAAGAGAAAGGAGACUCCGCAUCCUCUGUGGGGAGCCUGAGUGGAAGGGGACUUGGUAGGGCAUUUUCCACUCCACUCCUAGGAAAGCUACUACACUCUAGGGAAGGGAAUGGAGUCGCAGAAAUAGAGCCCCGCCUAGCCACAAAUGUAGACCUCGAGGUAGCUCACAUAGUAUUGAAGGGAGUAGAAGUUUCUGAAUUUGGAGCAGCCAAUGGGGCAGAGUGUACAAUGAGCCACAGGCCAAGCCUUCUUACAGGGACACCCUCAGGGGAGAAGUCUUUAGUAUGUAGGGAGUUUGGGCAAGGCUCUGGCAGUAAGUCACCCGUCAUCAAUCACCAGACAGUGCCCUCGGGGGAGAAGCCCUAUGUGUGCAAGGAGUGUGGCCGAGGAUUCAGUUGGAAGUCCAAUCUUCACCGACAUCAAAGGUCACACUCAGGAGAGAAGCGUUUUGUGUGCAAUGAGUGUGGACGCCCUUUUACUGAAAAGUCAACCCUCAUUGCUCAUCAGAGGACACACUCUGGGGAGAAGCCUUAUGUGUGCAGGGAGUGUGGGCGUGGCUUUCGGCAGCUAUCAAUUCUCGUGAAACACAGUAGAAUACACUCAAAGGAAAAGUCAUUUGUGUGCAGGGAGUGUGGGCAGGGCUUCCGAUUGAAGUCAAAUCUCCUGAGACACCAGAGGGGACACUCGGGGGCACAGCGAUUUUUGUGCCCAGACUGUGGGCGAGGCUUCAGCUGUAAGUCCGCCCUGGUCAGACAUCAGAGGACACACUCAGGGGAGAAGCACUUUCUGUGCAAGGAGUGUGGGCAAGGCUUUAGCUAUAAGGCAGCCCUCUUCAGACACCAGAGUAUACACUCAGGGGAGGAACAUGAGUGCUUUUUGUGUAGCGAAUGUGGGAAAGGCUUCAGCUGUAAGUCAGCCCUCGUCAGACACCAGAGGACACACUCAGGAGAGAAGCCCUUUGUGUGCAAGAAAUGUGGCCGAAGUUUCAGCUUCAACUCCUAUCUUAUCAGACACCAAAGGAUACACUCAGAGGAGAAGCCUUUUGUGUGCAGUGAGUGUGGGCGCGGCUUUACUGAAAAGCUAACCCUCAUUGCCCACCAAAGGACACACUCGGGAGAGAAGCCGUAUGUGUGCCAGGAGUGUGGGCGCGGCUUUAUCCAGAUGUCAGUUCUGAUCAGACACCAGAAGAUACACUCAACGAACAGCCCGUUUGUGUGCAUGGAGUGUGGGCAGAACUUCAGAUUGAAGUCCGAUCUGGUCAGACACCAGAGGAUACACUCAGGGGAGCAGCAGUUUUUGUGCGUGGAGUGUGGGCGCAGCUUUACCCGCAAGUCAGUCCUUAUCUUGCACCAGAGGACGCACUCAGGGGAGAAGCCCUAUGUGUGCAGGGACUGUGGGCGAGGCUUUAGCUGCAAGUCAGCCGCCAUCAAACAUCAGAGGACCCACUCGGGGGAGAAGCCCUUUAUGUGCAGGGAGUGUGGGCGCUGCUUCAGUGUGAAGUCAAAUCUUGUCACACAUCAGAGGACACACUCAGGGGAGAAGCCUUUUGUGUGCAACGAGUGUGGACGAGGCUUUACAGAAAAGCUAACCCUCAUCGUGCACCAGAGGACUCAUUCUGGGGAGAAGCCUUAUGCGUGCCUCCAGUGUGGGCGAUGCUUUCGGCAACUCUCCAUCCUCACUAGACACCAGAGGACACAUUCAGGGGAGAAGCCCUUUGUGUGCCGGGAGUGCGGGCGGGGCUUCAGUGUGAAGUCCAAUCUUGUCGCACACCAGAAGACUCAUUCCGAGAAGCUUUUAUGCUUUGGGAAUGUUGGCGAGGCUUUGGUGGUAAGUCAGCCUUUGUCAGGCAUGGAACACGCUCAGGGGAGAAGCGGUUUUUGCUCAGGGAGUGUGGACGGGCCUUUAGUUGAAAGUCACCUCUCGGUGUAUAUGGGAGGGCAGGAUUUGGCUACCCCUACCCCAUCCCAGCACAGAACCGUCUCCUGGCCCUUUAUAUGCCCUAUGAAUGUAAAAAUGGAAUGGGAAGCAAUGGAAAAAUGGGGCUUUCCCUAAGUCAAAGAGAGUCAAAUUGUGACCGAAUUUCCCUACACCAGGCCCUCUCCCUGGUUCAAGUUUUGUUGUUUUGUUUUUGUAAAAGCUGUAAACCUCUACCUCAUUUGUUAGAGCAAAGGAGAUCAGCACUGGGAAGGAGAACUCAUACUCUCAGCCUUUGUUCCCCAAGAAAUGGAACUGAGAAAAGCCUAAGUCCACAGACACCUUUUCAUAUUCAUUACAGAAUUGAAAUCUUUGGACAGAGUUCUAGGUAUUGGGAGACAGUUCUCCAGAGGCACUGACAAAGUUUCAUUUGGACUCUUCCUGGGGUGGUUUAGAUAUCAGGCAGCCUUGGCAGAUAUUUUCCUCCAGGGAGGAGCUAGAUUUGUUUGCUGUCUAGGAUAUAAAAAAUAAAUGUCUUUUUUCGGGGCAAAGAGCUGGCGAGUUUGCUUGAAACCCUUUUAAAAAGAUUGAGAUUUCCUAUGCUUAGGGGAUCUCACUUACCCAUUACUUGCAUAGCUUCUACCUUGGCCCACUGCUUGUCAGCCCCAUGGGGCUUGGGGGGGGGGAAUGGAACCAACAUGAACAGGAAGUUUAUCCUGUCUUGUGCCACAGGUAAUAAAGUCCUUUGUCUAUGACCCAGGA